UUUUCUACUACUUUCUGUUUCCCACACACAGCAGUCAAAAUGGAUGCCAAGAACCCAAAAGAAGGUGACAUGAUUGAAUUCCCCCGUAGUGGCUAUAAGCACUAUGGUUUGUACACUGGUGAUGGGGAAGUUGUUCACUUCACUCCUGGAGAUGGAAAAGGCGGCUCUCUAGCUCCAUCAACUGUGGUGGGAGGUUCUGUGGAGGGCGCAGUAAGGAAAGACAAACUCCAAGAUGUGGCUGGUACAACUGAUUGGAAAGUGAAUAACAUACAGGACAACAAACGGGAACCUAAACCAACCCAGGAAAUUGUGGCUGCAGCCCUUUCGUCGGUGGGUCAGGAAAGGCCAUACAGUGCCACCAGUUCGAACUGUGAGCACUUCGCCACCGAGUGUCGUUACGGCAAAGCUGAGUCUGCUCAGGUGAAGAAGGUGGAGAAGGCUGCAGAGAUUUUCCGUCAGCACUUAGCUGAUGAAUUAUUUCAAUAAAAAAGCUUUUCUUUUGAGUCAAAGGGCACAAAUGUUCCCACCCUGCCCUUGUGAAAAUAAAAGUAUCCAAGUAUA